UAGUGCUUUCGCUAACUAUCUCGGACAUUUUUUCCUGCCUCAAUAAAUUAGCUUAGCCCGCUUACAUAAGCCUCUGUCUUCCUCGCCUGGGACAUUUUUCAGGAACAACGAAAGGAAAUUUGAAAGUGUCUGUGAUCCCCUUCACAAGCAGGACAUUCAAGCCAUCGAUCAUUGUUGCAACUAUUGGAGACAUUAGUGACAGUUUGGUGAUUUACGAUUUUACUGGCCGAAACAAGAUAUUGUAUACUACGGAAUAUCGAUAUCGUUGAUUAGCGGAUCUUGUUGUUUAUUGUUUAUUUUGUUGUAUUACGACCAAAACGAAUCAUUGCUAUAAUUGUUGAUAAUCAUCACCAACGAAGACAUUAUUACAAUAUAACUCAUUAACAUUAAGAAAAGAAAAGCUUGGGCGUUUCAAUCGUACUGUGUAUUUCAUAGAUAACUAAUCACAUCACAUAUUUUGCAUAAUGUCACAACCACAAGUAGAUAGUAUAUCGAAUGGUAAAAGUAGUCAAAGCAUAAGUAACAGCAGUAGCAAUAACAACACUAACAAUAACAGUAAUAAUGAUAAAAUCAAUAUAUUAAGAAAAUAUAAGAUUGUAUUUUUGGGAGAUCAAAGUGUUGGUAAAACUUCUUUAAUUACGAGAUUUAUGUAUGAUACAUUCGAUGAAACAUAUGCUGCUACUAUUGGAAUUGAUUUUUUAAGUAAAACAAUGUAUCUUGACGAUAACAAAACAACCAUUCGAUUACAGUUAUGGGACACUGCUGGACAAGAAAGAUUCAGAUCUUUGAUUCCUUCUUAUAUUCGUGAUAGUCAUGUGGCUGUCAUUUGUUAUGAUAUUACAAAUAAAAAGUCUUUUAAUAAUUUGGACAAAUGGAUUAAAGAUGUAAAAUUAGAAAGAGGUGAUGAUGUUAUAAUAGUUUUAGUGGGAAAUAAAUCUGAUUUAUCCAACGACAAAAGACAAGUAACGAUUGAAGAUGUUGAAAAAUUGCAUCGAUCAAUUGGCCUGAAAUUUUAUAUAGAAACAAGUACUAAAGCCAAUCAUAAUGUCAAGUUAUUAUUUAAAAAGAUUGCACAAUCAUUACCUGAAUUUGAACAUCAACAGAAUCAACAACUGCAAGAUGCUUCUAAUAAUCCGGAAACAAUCGAUAUUAGUAUUGAUAAUAAUCCGCCUGUGGCAAAUACAAGUUGUUGUUAGAUAAUACUAAGAAAGAAAGAAAGAAUUCUGCUCAGAAAUUAAAUAUAUAACACAAGAUAAUAUAAUAAACGAUUCACUACAUAGUACGCUUUAAGGAACAG